CUCCCAUGCUUGUGUCUAGCGGCUGCAUUGAUAAGUGAGCUCACAGCCCACCCACCAUGAACUGGAAGGUUCUGGAACACGUGCCCCUGCUGCUGUACAUCUUGGCGGCAAAGACCCUGAUCCUCUGCCUGGCCUUUGCGGCCGUGAAGCUCUACCAAAAGAAAAGCCUGGAGGCAAAGCUGCUCGCUCAAAAGAGGCGGGUGGAGAAGAAGGAGAGCUGAA